AAGCUCUCUAUGAAGAAGUCAUGCUGGAGAACUAUGGGAAUGUGGCAUCUCUGGCAGCGCAAAUGGAGGAAAUGGUUGAGGGAAUCAAGGGCUUCUCUGUGGAAAAAGGCAAGGAUGAAGAUUCCAAAGGAAAGUUUGAAGAUGGAGACAGACUACAGAGGCAGGAGGGAAGCCAUGCCAAAAAAACUCGGGAUAAGCAUGUUCCAUCCCAAGGGGGAGGCUUCUAUGAAGUCCCAGUCCUAGAAGAAAUGUCAACCAAACCAAGAAGGAACGAAGGCCUCCGUGCUGACCAGAAAGUCUGCUCCAGGCCAAACGAAAAUGAAAGUGUGGCCUUUGGAAAGACCUUCAGUAAGAACAUCAGUCUUAUUUCUGAGAGCCAAUUUCCCUUAACAGAUAAACCAUGUGAUUGCAUAAAGUGUGGAAUGACCUUCAGUCUGGAAUCAGCCCUUUCUUCCCAUCAAAGAAUUCACUCAGCAGAGGAUGAGCAGUGGAAUGAAGGUGAUGAGGAAGUGUGUAAGCUAUUGCCAGACAAAGAGCAGACUGAUGAUCUGAAAGGAAACUUCAGGAAUCAAGGCAUACUUAAGAGACUGAAAGGAAGUCACAUGGCUAAGAAGAGGGAUAAAUGCAUUUCUUGCCAAGGGCAGGAUUUCAGUGAACUAAUCCACACAUUAGGGGAAGCAUAUAAGUGCUUGCAAUGUGAAAUGAAUUUCUCAGAUCAAAGCCAAUAUGAGAUCCAUUUGCAAAUCCACAGUGGAAAGAAGGCCUAUACAUGCUUGAUGUGUGGCAAGACUUUCCUUUGCAGAGUAGAACUCUUUAGGCAUCAAAGAACACAUAAAGAAAAGAAACCUCAUAACUGUUCAGACUGUGGCAAGAGCUUCUCACAAAAAUCAGAUCUUUUUCAACACCAAAGGACUCAUUCAGGAGAGAAGCCAUUAAUCUGCUUUGAGAGAGGACUGAUCUUCUCUACUAGAAGAAAGGAUAAUGCACAUAUUCCAAAACACAGUAUAUUGAGGGCACAUAAAUGCAUUUGGUGCAGAAAGUUCUUCAGCUGCAGAUCAAAACUCCUUGUGCACAAAAGAACCCACACAGGAGAGAAACCUUUUCAAUGCUUAGAGUGUGGAAAGCAAUUCAGUUGUAGUAGCAAUCUUCAACAGCAUCAAAGAACUCACACGAAGGAGAGACCUUUUGAAUGCUCAGAAUGUGGCAAGAGAUUCAGUCACAGUAACACUCUUCAAAGGCAUCAAAGAACUCACACAAAGGAGAGACCGUUUGAAUGCUCAGAGUGUGGCAAGAGAUUCAGUCAGAGUGGUCAUCUUCAGCAGCAUCAAGGGAUCCACACUGGGGAGAAACCUUUUGAAUGCUCAGUAUGUGGACAGAGAUUCAGUCGAAGUGACACUCUUCAGCAGCAUCAAAGAACUCAUACAAAAGAAAGACCUUUUGAAUGCUCAGUGUGUGGAAAAAGAUUCAGUCAUAGUAGUACUCUUCAAAAGCAUCAAAUAACACACACAGGGGAGAAACCUUUUGAAUGCUCAGAGUGUGGAAAGAGAUUCAGUCAAAGUACCUAUCUUCAAAGGCAUCAAAGAACUCACACAAAGGAGAGACCUUUUGAAUGCUCAGAGUGCGGAAAGAGAUUCAGUCGAAGUGGCAAUCUUCACCGUCAUCAAAGAACUCACACAAAGGAGAGACCUUUCGAAUGCUUUGAGUGCGGAAGGAAAUUCAGUCGGAGUGGCAAUCUUCAAAGGCAUCAAAGAAUUCACACGAAGGAUAGAUUUUUUGAAUGCUCAGAGUGUGGAAAGAGAUUCAUUUUGCCUAGCAAGCUUGCAUGGCAUCUAAGAACUCACACAGUGGAGAAAUCUUUUGAAUGGUCUGAGUGAGGGGAAAUAUUCUGUCAAAAUAGUAAUCUUCAGCAACAAUUAGCCUAGCAGUCUUGCAUGACAUCUAACAACUCACAUAGAGGAGAAAUCUUUUGAAUGGUCUGAGUGAGGGAAAAUAUUCUGUCAAAAUAGUAAUCUUCAGCAACAAUUAGCCUAGCAAUCUUGCAUGGCAUCUAAGAACCCAGACAGGGAAAAAAUGUUUUGAAUGCUCUGUUUAAGGACCAUGUGUCAAGAGAGAAUUCAUUUUGAGUGCUAGGGGCUAGAAAAAUUAUUUUUGCUUUCUGUCAUGAGUUACAAGAGUGCAAAACUGCAGGUGCCGCUUGCCUUGUUAGAAGGAUGGUGUCAUCUCGGUAAACUGAAAUCCAGUUUGAGCUAGUUACCUGAGAAGGUUUCAUUUUGUAUAGAAAAGGGCAGUUUGCCUACAACCGUCCUAGAACAUUCUGAUUUGAGUGGGUCGUCAUUGGUCAAUCUUUGGUCACCUGUUGUGUUCAGCCAAAACCAUAAAUUACUACUUAGUGUUAGCUAAUUAUCUUUCCUCUUGAUUCUUUCCUUAUCCUCCAUUUCGGUACUCAUGGAACUUUGUAUAUGCACUUGAUACAUCUGGUGCCUUUUCUGGUGAGAGUCUGCUAUGGUAUGUAGGAGGUAGUCUUUGUUAUUUUCUGUCGUGUAACUGUUUUGCACCUUGAUAUGUUCACUGGUAUUUUUAAGUUUGUAUAUUAACCUUUUACUGUAAUCAAUUUUUAAAAUAUUUUCUGGCA